GGGAACAGUGGAUGUGGAAUCGAUGGGUUAUCGAAUCGUCAAUGAACGCAAUUAGACGCAAAUAUUUGACUUCAAUAAGGGAUAUUUAGACAUUUUUUUAAGAGGAAAAUUGUACAUCUUGUGGAUUUUCUAUAAUUGAUUGAGGGAAGUUCAAUCAAUUCUUUUCCAUUCAUUCCUCAUUAUUUCUACAUGCAAACACUCUUCGGGCUCGUCGACAGAGGGAACGAACUGGCGACAAGGAACGAUGUUAUUACUGUUCGAAAACGCGUGAAUUCAGAGCUGGAGAGAAGUUUAUAAGGGAUCGUAAAUUAUUAAAGGUAUUGACUGGGGGAAUCGAUCAACAACUAGUCGACAAAAUGCUCGUCUACGAGAUGCCCCUCAUUCUGCGUGCCAUGACGAAGCCGCAGACAGUAGCAGCAUUGAAGCGUGUAGCAACCGGUAUUUUCAAUCGCGGUGGUAUCAUUAGGAAAAUCGACAAUUUGGGGGAAAAGCCGACCCCGUAUAAAAUGUCGGCUAACGAUGUAGUGCAUCGUAAGGCCUCUUAUUUUAUCUUGCACUUUAAUGCACCUCCGACCAAGCUUGACGAUUUUCUGGAGGAAUGUGGUCGUGAUGUCGAUUUGAUUAGAUCUCGAGUGUAUAGGCAGCAUAAAGAAGAAGAGCCGAUACCCUGCACUUUCCAUGAGGAAAUGUUGCAACCUUGUGACAGACCUGAAGUUCAGAAAUUGAUGGAGAUUGCUUCACGCCAAAAAACUGGAUUCACUCACCCCUGGCACUGGAACUCAGGCCUGGAUUAUUACCCAUUCCAGCGAUAACUUGUUGAUAAAUACAUCUCCUUUAGAAAACUUAGUUAUGUGAAUGAAUGAAAUAAAGAACUACAUGUUUACUAA